AUGGCAUCCAACGCCGAAGCCCCGAACCUCAAAGUCGAGACCAAGGAGGCAGAGUCUUCACAACACAUUGAAGACCAAGAUGCCCUCGACGCCAGUGUCAAAAUUGCCGAGCACCGACAGCUCGAGGAGAUUGAGGAUACGCAGCCCGGACCGUUUGUUUGGCUCUGCGCAUCCGCUGCCGCGAUUGGCGGUAUGCUCUUUGGCUACGAUACGGGUGUCAUCUCGGGCGUCCUCGUCGUCAUUGGCUCCGACUUGGACGGGCGGCCGUUGACAUCCAACGAAAAAGAACUCAUCACGGCUCUAUGUGCCGCGGGAGCCUUGGUAGGUGCCAUCAUAGCCGGUAUCACUGCCGAUAAAUAUGGUAGAAGACCUGCCAUCUGGUUUGCCAGUGUCUUGUUUACUGCUGGGGCUCUUGUCCAAGCACUCUCGUAUUCUAUCAUCCAAAUGUGCAUUGGUCGAUUUCUAAUCGGCCUGGGUGUGGGUUCAGCUUCAAUGAUUGUACCUGUUUACAUUGCAGAACUGUCACCUGCCAGAUACCGUGGCCGGAUGAUCUCGGUAGACAUGAUAUUCCUGGGCACCGGCUCGAUCCUCGCAUACGCAUUUGCCGCUGCAUUCACAAACGUAGCGCACGGUUGGCGAUACAUGGUGGGCGUAGGUGGCAUCAUCUCCAUCAUUCUCGGCGUCCUGCUCUUCUGGUGCCCAGAGUCGCCUCGUCAACUCAUGUUCCAUGGCCGCCGGGCCGAUUGUGAAAGAGUACUGCGUCUAAUCUACCCCCAUGCCACCGAACGAAACGUCGAAAAUAAAAUGAUAUCCUUGGAGCUUGGAGUCAUGCAGGCAAAGGCCCUGUCUGAGGAGAUCUCACUGCGAACGGCUACCAAAAAUAUCUUCAAAGUGCCUGCAAACUUGCGAGCUGUCACUGCAGCAUGUGGUUUGAUGUUCUUUCAACAAAUAUGCGGGUUUAAUACCAUGAUGUACUACUCGAGCACGCUGUUUGCUAUAGUCGGAUUCGAAAACCCCGUGGCCGUUGGUACCAUUAUCGCUGCCGUAAACUGGAUAUUCACAGUGGUAUCCAUCAUCUUCAUAGAUCGCAUCGGGCGACGUCGAAUUUUGAUCUGGACCAUGUGGGCAAUGCCAGUGUGUCUUGCUGCUGCUGCUAUCGCCUUCCACUGGAUUCCGAUCGAUCUCAAUACCCUCGAAGUGACCGAUGAUCACGUCAGUACACCGGCAUACAUCGUAUUGGUGGCUUUAAUUCUGUUCGUGGCCUUUUAUGCUGCGGGACUAGGAUGUGUGCCGUGGCAGGCCAACGAAUUCAUGCCCAUGGAAGUUCGUGCCAUGGGUACUACGGCAAUGAACAUUUUCAACUGGGGUCCAAACAUCAUUGUGUCAUCCACCUUUUUAUCCAUGAUGAAGGGUAUUACCCCGUCAGGCACCUUUGGGUUCUAUGCCUGCACCUCGUUUCUCGGCUGGGUGUUUGCCAUUUACUGCUUCCCUGAGGCGGCUACCAUGACGCUGGAGGAGAUCAGGGCCGUUUUCGAGCACGGAUUUGGCGUCAAGUACGCCGAGGAGUGGCGCAAGCAGAAGAAACUCAGUGAUAGAUCGUCGUAG